UGAUUUACAAGAUCAUUGUGUUCUUUAAUUAAAAUUAAUAGCAGGCAGAGCAGAAAUGUCCAUAUACAGGCCUAGUUUGAGCUAAUCUAAUCCUCUACUGAUUUCUACAAGAAUCAAAGUGCAGAUUUAAUGCAGCACAAUGGCAAGAAGGAUGUUUCUAAAGACAAUAGGUGCUGUUGGUUACAUGAUACAGUAUGGCUGUAUAGCGCAUUGUACACUACAUUAUAUAGGAGACUUUGUCAUAUGUGCUGGCCCUUCUAUGCAGCCAACAAUAACAGACAAUGAUAUACUGCUCACAAAUCACAUGACUGUAAAUAGAUUUAAUGUUGAAAGAGGAGAUGUUGUAAUUGCAAAAUCUCCAGUAAAUCCUAAAACUCUUGUAUGUAAGAGAGUUGUUGGGCUUGAGGGGGAUGUCAUCAGAGAUGGCUUUUCAAAACACUUUGUUCCUCGGGGACAUGUUUGGCUUGAGGGUGACAAUAAGGACAAUUCAACAGAUUCAAGAACCUAUGGUCCAGUACCAUAUGGACUCCUGAAGAGCAAGGCCUUCUAUAAAAUCUGGCCAGUAGAAGACAUGGGUACAUUAAAUAGGACAGUUCUCACAAGUAGAUGACAUCACUUUACAAUAGGAUAAUUUAUAAUCAAUACACACAAGAGAAUUUUAUAGUGAACAUUAUUUAUGAGUGACAAUAUGCAUCAGGGGUCAUAACAGACACUUUGUAAAGAUUAUGAAUCCCUUUGUUCAUUGUUUUCUUACUAUGACAUGGUUACUUCAUUAACAAUUGAUUCAGGAAUUCAUAACUUUUCAAAGUUCCUGUUAUGAAAACCAGAGUUGUAAUUCAGGGAAGUACUUAUAUAUAUAUACUCACAAUACAUAUACAUGUACUUACUAUCUCAGUGUUAUCUCACAACAAAAUUUGAGUGAUACAGAGAAGUCGUUUUUUCAGUCAUGUCUGUCUGGGGGCCAUUAUCAGAAACUUUGUAAAGUCCAUUGUUCUCUUACUGUGACGUCAUUUUAUCCUUGGUUACAACAACUGAUUUGCGAUUUCGUAACUUUACGAAGUUUCUGUCAAUGGCCCCCUGG